AUGGCUGCAAUUACCUCACUACGAUUAGGACCAUACCUUUUCUACCAGUCACGUUGUGCUUUCCGUCGCUGCUCUGAAAUGCGAGACACGUCUGUGUUUGCGCAUACAGUCGUGCGCGCGGGGACAGCGGGCCGUCCAGAACCCAGAGAGACGCACAAAUCGGCUCUUUGCCUCACACAAACGCGCAGAAUUAAAAGAGAUCAUCGCCAGGAAAUUAAACGUGAAGAUGAAACUAAGAACAUUUGAACUAAGGAAUGUGUCCCUUCAGCUUGUUCCUCUCUGUCUUUCUUCAAUUUCCGAUCUCGCAAUGUUGGAAGUGAAUUCAUGAACAGGGAAGGGAUAAGACUCCAUACUUUUUGUUCACAUUUUCUAUGAUAAAGCUCUGUGGAAUUGAAGCAUGUCAAAGUCACGAGCAAGGUAACAAGCUUUCUAGAGUUUGCGGGCCAAGAACAACCAGCACGCAGUUUAAAGGUAAGAUUUGUAC